AUGGCCGAGAUCCCGGACUCCGUCCUCGCCGUCGACGUCUACUGCUACAAGAUCUGCCGCCUCGUCGACCCACCCCCGCUCCACCUCGCCUGCUGCAGCAACUUCCACCGCGUCAAUGUCAAGAACGACCCCGGCAUGGAGGGCCUCGUCAAGAUGGCCAAUCUGGAAAAACUACCGGAUGAGCUUAUAGCACGAGAAGUUGUUAUAAAUGAUGCUGAUCCAUCUGUACGGCAUAAGCUCACGAAACGGCAAACACAGGGCGAGAUUGCAGGGAGGCUUUCCAAGCUAGAAAAGAAAAGAUGGAGGCCAAGGCGAACAAUCAUCUUCUGCAGUUGGGAUGCAGAAGAGUUUGCGCUGGUACCCGAUCCUGAUGAUCCAUCUCAUACCUUGUACGACUACAUGAUUCACCAGAAUCCUCCGAUGGGUAUAAUGAUUGCAAGAGUGGCCGGUGCGGGAACAGACUUUGCAGCUUUGUCCAGCACAUUGGAGUCCCUUCACUUGACAUCUCUUAUGGAUUAUAUUUAUAUGUUGUCGGAGCAGGACGACUGGUGGGGUACCAAAGCCUUCCCCGGCAUCGUCUCGGCCAUCGUGAGCACGCAGAAGCUCAACACGUCGGAAUAUUGGCGGCUGUUGCAGCAUGAGAUUUACAUGGGUGCAAGGGACAAUAAAGUCGGUAGACAGCCUAUGAGCGCAGAGGAGUAUCUCAAGAGGCGCGCCCCUGCCCCUAGUAAUGCUUGA